CGUUGUUGACGAUCUCGGCGCUGCACACGAAAGGGAAAGGAAACAGCUACUUCUCCAUUCCGAACCCUCCUGUCGCCUUUAACGGUAACGAGCGUUCGAUCGAUCGGAACCUUCGAGGCGAACAUCGUCGAUAUUCCUCGGUUCGGGACAAAGGGAUCUGCUGCCCGCCACCUCCCGCAGAGCACCGCGACGACUCCGCUCCUGAAAUCGCAGGCGCCAGAUUUAUCGAGCCCGACUGCACAAAGUUGAUAAGGCAAGCUAGCUAGCUAGCCACCUAGCUAAGUCUCAGCUAGCUUGCAGUGCUUGUCGGGGGGGGGGGGGGGGGACAGGUUUUAUUUUCUUUUUUUAAAUUUUCUUUUGUAAAUCUUUUCCUUUUUUUCUGCGAGGGGGGGCGUCGCUUCGUCAUCGCCCUGCAACUGCCCGCGGCUGUUUCCCCCGGGCAUCCGAGGAGCGUUCGCGGUGAAGUGUAAAACGCGGGUAAGCCGGCUGUUUUCUACAGCUAGCGUGCUCGGUGUAGCCUGCUAGCUAACACCCUGCGCAUUUAGCCUGGGAGCCAGUUCGAGGCCUCCGCCCGGCGCCGCCACCAGCCGCCGCCGCCAAAGUGUUUGCAUCGCCCCGCAGUGAGAGGUGACAGCUUACUUGGUGACGCAGAGACUUCUCCCUGAGGAGCCAAGAAGCAGACGGCUCAUGACUUCUGACCAGGACACGAAAGUUGUCGCUGAACCACAGGUGCAGCAAGUACAGGAGGCAAAAGAGAACUCUCAUUUGGAAUCCGCCAAGGUUUCGGACCUCAACCCCAAUGCGAAAGCAUGGGCCAACCACAUGUUUAGCCUGGACCCCAGCGGGAGUGCUGACACCACAACUGCUGCCCUGCAGCCAUGGAAGGACGGCUGCGAUAGUUCGGCCGACCCCGGCCCAGAAGGCUAUGAAGCCAGUGACGACAAGGCGUCCAAGGAGCCACUACUAACCGACCCAGAUGAGCCUCCACCGGUACCAGUGAUGCUGGCCGAGCCGGCCCCCGCUGUGGCCUCCACCGUGGCCCCCUCCGCGGCCCCGGAGCCGGCCUACACGGAUUACCCAGAAGCCGGGCAGCCCGAGCACACAGGCAGCGACCCCCAGCCGGAGAGUCCCCAGGAAGGCUUGAGGGAGCACCUGAAGAAGACCCUGGAGUUCUGUCUCUCCAGGGAGAACCUGGCCAGUGACAUGUACCUCAUCUCCCAGAUGGACAGCGACCAGUACGUGCCAAUCGUGACGGUGGCCAACCUGGACCACGUGAAGAAGCUCAGCACCGACGUGGAGAUGAUCGUGGACAUUUUACGCUCUCUGCCAUUGGUCCAGGUGGACGAGAAGGGGGAGAAGGUGCGACCCAAUCAGAACCGCUGCAUCGUGAUCCUCAGAGAGGUUUCCGAAUCCACACCCAUAGAGGAGGUCGAGGCUCUUUUCAAAGGGGAAAACUUGCCCAAGUUCAUCAACUGUGAAUUUGCCUACAACGACAACUGGUUCAUCACCUUCGAGUCAGAAGCAGAUGCACAGCAGGCAUAUCAGUAUCUGCGUGAGGAGGUGAAGACCUUCCAAGAGAAGCCGAUCAAGGCGAGGAUAAAGGCGAAGGCGAUCGCCAUAAACACUUUCAUGCCAAAGAACGGUUACCGGCCGGUGGAGGUGAACCCGUACGCGCAGCAGCAGCAGCAGCAGCGCUACACUUCCUACUACAUCCCGCCGGUCUACAGCCCCCAGCAGCAGUUCCCUUUAUACAGCCUGAUCACGCCGCAGACCUGGUCGCCCACACACAGCUUCAUCGACCCCACGCUGGUCGCCCCUUUUCACAACAACCAGUUCAUCAACGGAUUCACGACAUCACACAGUUUCAAACCAGCGACGUCGCCCCUCACCGUCAGACACUACUCGCUCAGGAACAGGAAUCACAGUAAACCUCACUUGAGGCCGACACUCCCCCCGGCGGACCGCAGCGCGGGGCUCCUGGACAGCCCGGCGCUCUUCCCCAGCUUCCCCAGCGACAGGCUCAACGGGGUCCGCAGCAGCCCGCCGACACGCCUCCCCACCAGCCAGCCCAGGACCAGGUUACCCUCAACGGCGGCCUUCCCUCGCAGGGACACGGUCGGCACGGGGCGAGUGACCGAGCCCGCGGCCGCGGACUACUCCCUGGGCAUCGGCCGAGGAAGGAAAAAUGUUUCUGCUUCUAGGAAAAAGAGGGAUGAAAAGUUUACAAGGGUGACGCCGCAGUCGCCGCCUCCUCCCAAACCCCCGUCUCCGAGCUUCGAGCUGGGCCUCUCCAGCUUCCCCCCGCUGCCCGGAGCAGCCGGCCAGCUCAAGACGGACGACGUGUUCGACAACCGGCUGGCCAGCAGCGUGGUCGCGGGACCCGCCAAGGAACGGAAUGUAAGCGCGGAGUCCAGUCGCGGAGGCGCUCCCUCUCCGGCCGGCCCCAAAGAGCCACUCCGGUCCCCCACCUCCCCGAUGCCUACAAGCUUCCAGCCCUCGCCGACAUCGGCCCCGGCCCCGACGUCGGCCCCGACAUUGACCCCGACCGCCGGCCCGCCACACAGUCCUGCUCCCUCCCUCCCUGCAGCGGAGGUGAAGGUGACCGAGGCAAAGCCAAAGGAGGCGCAGUCGUCCGUGGAGCGAGUUCCCGGCACUUUGUCCACAGCAAGCAAAUCGGUGCAAGUCAACGGUGCUGCCACGGAGCUGAGGAAACCCUCCUACGCUGAGAUCUGCCAGCGGGUGAAGGACGCUCCGACAUCACAGCAGCCGCCGCCCCCCAAGGAAGCCAAGCCAGCCUGUGCCGCCCCUGCAGGCAGCGAGGAGAGGAAGUGCCCGGACGCCUCCGCUACCGCAGGGGAGGCCAAGGCCAGAGAGACACACGCCCCCUCCUCCAAACCCGGAUCAGCGGCCAUCACCGCGGGCAGACCCCCGAGGGAGGCCCGGAGGCCGGCCGGGCGGUGGGCCUCCCCGCCCCCACACCCGGGGAAAAUCCCCAGCAAAGAUUCCCACCACACCCCGCCCAAGUCCCCGCAGUAAGGGAGUCUCCCUGCCAGUCCUCCGACCCCCGCCCCCCCCCCCCCCCCCCCCCCCCCUCCCCACUAUGCUCCACAGAUGCGUUUGAAAGAGGAAAUAUAAGUCAGGGCUACUCAAUACUUAUAUCCCCGUACCACCAGUCACAAACAAGCAUAGAGGAACGCCUUCUUUUCUUGAUCAGGGCUUGCAGACAAAAAGCACUUUACUGUGCACGUAGAGCAGCGUCUCCUUCUUUUUACUCUUAUUUAUUUGCUCUUUUUUUUGUUUCGUUUUUUAAUUUCACUUUUAUUUCUCCUUCACUCUUUUUGCAUGACGUCGUCGUGUCAGUCUGUACGUCGGCACUGACGACGACGACGACGCUGAAGCUCAUUCACUCUGUCUGACGGCCUCGUGGAGUUGAAGUAGUCGUGUGUGUGUGUGAAGCAGCGGGGGGCCAUUGUUGGCCGCCGCCCCAGUGGAUGAUGGGAAAGCGUGUGCGGCGCCGCACGACAGCCUCCACCUUGUGUGGCUCUCUCGGAGAGGCACUGACGUGCGACAAUGUAGCUUAUAAUUAUGGGUCAUAAUUAGCCAGGUUUAAUACAUAUUCACAUCCCAUAUGCAACUUAACAUCGUCAUCUCAUCGCGGCAAAGACUCGGUUUACAAACCCCCUUUUGUGUUGUUUUUGUUUAUCUCCACAAUUAUUUCCACUCGAGGAGUUUUUGCUGAAAUGUUUCAUUGUCGCCGCUGCAUUUUUUCUCCCUCUGAUUGUUUUGUCUUUUUUUUUUUUUUAACUUUCUUUGCCGACACCGCGGACGGGGGGUUGUCGCUGGUUACGUCACAUCGCUCGCUUCAAACGGCCGACUAGCCGACAUCAGUGCUGGUUUUGCUGUCGGGCAGGAAGGGCAUUCGCACGAACACCGGGAACUUAAAACUUUACUUCAAGAUGAAUUAGGAGUGGAGGGAAACUGUCGUUGGCCAAACUUACAUUUUUUGUCCGUCUGUAAAGUGGUUUGUGGUGUUUCUUUCCACAAGUCGGAGGAAGCUGCUUGUUUUUUUCUUGGCAUUGCCUUUUGGGGGGCGGAAGCUUUCGCGCCUCUUCUUCUUUCGUUUCCUAUCAAAACCUGUAGUAAAAAGGGGAAGAACGUACCACUGGCUCCGAGAACCGGCGAAGUGUCGGUCGACUGUUUCUGAAUAUCGUCUGUUGAGUCUUGAUGUUUUUCCUGUUCAACACGUUCAUCCAGCGGCGCGUUUUGUUUCCGGUUCUUUCUCCGAGUUUUGGUGCUAAACGUUCAAAUCCUGGAAUUCCUCUCUGACUACCACUCAUCUCACGCUGUAAUGUAGAUAUACUUGAUUUGACUUUGGAUCUGCAGAACUUUCUGUUUGCACUUUUUGUGUUUUCUCCCGCGUUACUUUUUCUUUUUUUCCUACCUGAAGCAAAAACCGGGGAAUGAUCCUGAAAGUCGAGGAAAUAAAACCAAGAUGCAAAUUCAUUUCCAGGAAAUUAAAAGUUCAGGACGCUGGCGAUAUCACCGUCUCCGUGGAAACGACGACUGAAGAUUUAGUCUUCAGGGGACGGAUGUUCGUGUGACGACUUUACCGUUUUUGUCCGACUCGUUUUAAAUUUUUGACGGCUCGUCACCGAAAGCUAAUAAUUGAUUAUUUUUUUUCUCCCCCGAAGGAUUCGGUGCCUGCGCUGGUUUGGAUGGUUUUGGCCUCUGGUUUUAUAUCGGAUGAGCUGCAGUGGGUUAAUGAAUAUGGAAGGUGAGACUGUUGAAUUAGGUCUUAUGUGUGUUUUAGGUAACGAAAAAGUGGGUUGUUGUUGUUUUUUUGGUUUUGUGGAACGUAGUUUGCCGUGUUGGAGUUGUGGCAGAUUUUGUUCCGAGUCCCGUUGAACCAGAGGACGAGACGAGAGCCGGCGGGUUGACAGCGGGAACGUGACACCGUCUUGUUGAUGUUCAGCUCCUCCUCCUUUUUCCUUCGGCGUCGGGUCUUCACCACUCGGGUUCUUUCGUCGUCGUUUCCGUUUGUGCGUCUGGAGACGUCGGUUUGCUUCUGCUUCCAAGUUUUGCACACUUUGAUUUGUCCUGAGUUUAAAAGUGAUGAUUUAAAAAGAAAAAAGAAAAAAGAUUGACCUUUUCUUUGCUUUACUUCACUCACGUUUUUUUUUUUGUCUUUCUUGGGAUAAACCCGCAGCCGACAGGAGUUAAAGUUUUAAACUCAUAAUAAAGUAAAAAAAAACAAACGUAUCGGUUACAACCAGACGCAGGUCGGUGGUGUCGUGGUGGACCGCUCUGGACGAGAGCCGGUGGAUCGUAAGAGAUGAAGUAGCGAGGAGGCAGAUUCAGGGAGGAGACGUUGUUGGAUUAAAUAAAAUUCUGCUUCGGUUCGGUUACGUCUGUUUUACUGUAGCAGCCACUCUGACAGAUGAGCCAACCGAGUCCCGGGAUGUUUCACUCGUUCAAAAUAAACGUCAUCAGCUGGUGAACAAGAAGCAAAGAAUUAUGAAAAUGUAAAAGUUUUCUCUGACUCGACGGCGAGUUUCCCUCCCUGCUCCUCGAGUCGUGGGCUCGGGUUGAUAACACUUCACAGUUGUCACCUCAGAUGUGGGAAAAAAAAAUCCUUGUUUAUCCUAAAUAAACAAAGAACAAAAAAUAAUAAUGAUAUUAAUAAUGAAAAUAAACCACUGUUCUACACACGGCAUCUGUUUUGGGGGGAGAAACACAAGCGUGCGCGACGUGGGACCUCGCAUGUGUCUCGACAAAAGUCUUCCUGCAACAAUAAAUCGUUCCGGGAUAAAUAUUCCCACGAGGAAGAAACGGGAGUCCGUCGGGAGAAGGGAACGCUUCACUAAACACCGCUCAUAGCUGCUUUUUGAUUUGGACGCUUAUCUUGAGUUUGCUAUAUAAAAAAAAAUGUUUGUUUGUUUUUUGAAGGACUGAGAUGCACUCGGAUGAGUCGAUUUUUUUUUUCUCUCAUCGGUGGAAAUGGUAAAAAAAGAUGUUCGCCAUUUCCACUUAUUUAUAAACCAGUGCUGUUUAUUCCAUGAGAAAUAUCGCCAGUUGUUUGGUUUUUUUUAGGGAGAAGAAAAAAUAUAUACACAAAAUGUAAAAAAAAAAAAAAAUCCAUCCAGUGUUUGAGAAACUUGAAUUUUAUUUAAACUUGAAAAAUGACUUUGCCUUAACUUUUUAUACGAGAAAAGCAUAAGAGAGUUUAUUUCUUUUGACACGCACGGAAAAAAAAAAAUCCCCCAAAACGUUUAACGAAGCGACGACACGUGGAAAAUAUUUAGUCGUACGAGACGUCACAAGUCGUUGACAGGAAGUUCAGAUCUAGCAGCAUUUGUUUCUUUUUGUAAAAUGUACGAAAAAGAAUAUCGUUUUUUCUUUUUCUUUUUUGUUGUUUAAUAGUUUCAGGUUGUUUGGGUUUUUUUGGGGGGGGGAUAUAAAUCUUGUAAAUGCAAAUUAGUCAAUACUGUAUUAAAUAUGGGCACUUUGAAGUGUGUGCUUUUGCUUGUACAGUUGUAAAUACUCAGAAAAAUAUAAGAGGUACCUUAAAAUGAUUAUAAAAAAAUAUAUUUGUUCUUGUUGAACUAUUAAUGUCGCUAUCGAGCUGGAUGUAGGAUAUAAAAAAAAAACUUAAUGUCGUGCUUUUUGAAAAAAUCUUUUUCUUUAACUUAGUAUUUUUUUCUUUGGAGUUUAGCUGUGGAGUUUGAAGGUCGUCUGAUUGUCAUUUGUUUCCUCUUUCCGGUCAGUUGUCUUUCAUUCCAUUCACCUGUUGGCGUCGGUCACACCUGGUGUGUACAGGUGUGACACCUGGUGUGUACAGGUGUGACCUCAGCCCCGCCCCCACCCGGCCCCUCCCUCCUCACUGUGCACCAAUCGAAAAAAACGAGGCUGCGUGUCCACCAACAUCCUCUUCAACGCUCCGGCUUCCUUCUGUUGACGCAGGAAAUUAUUAUAUGUGAAAUGAAAAACAAUCACUACGUCUCAGAAUUUUACUUGACAGCAGCAGUGGCUCUUUAUUGAAUUCUUCUCUCAUAAUAAUAAGAAGAAAUCCAACAGAAGUAAAUGAGAAGUCUGCAGCAGAGGCAUUAAACUAAUAUUUCAGGUUGGAGAGACGCCUCAUGAAAACCAUGACACUACUAAUAUUCAUCAUGUUCAUGCAUAAUAUGCAUCUAUAUACUGUGACUGGACACUUGUUGUCUACUGUCCGACCAUGUUCGACGACAGGAAACAGGAAGUUCAGCCUCUUGUUGUUCUUCUUCCUCAUCGUGACGUGAGAUUUCUGUCCAUGUUUCAAGAUUAAUCGCGCAUCUCGCUGCUGCGCCGAGCCGAGUAGUGGCCGUUUUUUCAGAGCCUGAAGGCUGUUAGCCUAGCCUAGCCUAGCUUAGCUUAGCAUAAAAAACUAGAAGCGGGUGGAAACGUCUCUGUCCAAUCGCGCAUGUUGCUGCUGCGCGGAGCGGAGAAAAGUGGCCAUUUUGUCAGAGCCUGAAGGCUGUUAGCCUAGCCUAGCCUAGCUUAGCUUAGCAAAAAAAACAAACGAGAAGCGGGUGGAAACGCCUCGCUCGUCGCUGUCCAAACAUCUGCAGCUCAUUGAUAAACACGUCGUGUCUUGUUGGUCGAAUGGAAAUGUGAAAAGUGAUCGAUGGCGGGGUUUUGUUUUUGGAUUGUAACAUUUCUGUUUGUCACGCAAACAAAACAUGACGUGUUAAUUAAAGGAGCUGCCGGCAGAAAGCCUACACAGAGCCAGGCUAGCCCCUCCCACCUGCCUCCAGUCUUUUUGCUAUGCUAAGCUAACGGCCCUCCUGAUAUUUACUGCACAGUGCGAGUCGUUUGUUAGCUUCGCCCGAGAAUGUGGACGGAAAGACUUUGCUUCCGGAGAAACUUAAGUUUGUAGAAACGAAAGCGAAGCAGAAAAUCAUAUCGCUGCGCUGCGAGUGGCCCCGCUGCGCUUCCUGCUUCCUGUCGGCAGCUGAGGAGAGUGAUGGCUGACGGACACGCCCCCGAGUUGCGGCUGGUGUACGUCACAUGGCGCUCGAGGUGGGAUGUGAUUGGUUGCCCCGAGACGUCCCGAGCCUCCGCACCGUGAACUUUGGUCUCAACUUGACUCAAAACCUUUUCCCUCCUCGAGUGUCGAUGUGGGCGUCUGAUCUGAUGAGCCCCCCUCGCCCCAGAAAAAUUAAAAAUCAUUGGCAGGUUCUCGGCGUUCGUGUCGUCGCCUCGUUUCUCCAUGUUCGUGUUCGUCAUCUCGUCCCCCGGACAAAUAAAAUGUACAAAUAAUGUCGUUGACUUUAGUUUUGUCGGAGCUGAGGCUCCACUGGAAUCACAGUUUUCCUUUCCUGUUCUUAUUUCAUUGAUUCUCUUGUGUUUUCUGGCACAUACAGUACAGCAACAUGGACGCGUCUGUUGGACAGAGGAGAAAAUCAUUUGAUCACAUGUUGGACAUUUUGACGUGGCAAAGAAAAAAAGAAAGAGAAACGAUUACUGUGCCAUUAUACAACUGUUGUUCAUCAUCGUCCCGACCGGCGGCGGUUGAACUGUACAUAGACCUGCUUUUUUUUUCUUUCUUUUUUAAGUUUUCAUCUUUUAUCUGUUUUUGUUUCUUGUUUUUUUUUCAAAGAUGUGCGAGUUUUCAGGUUUUCUGAAAAGUCCCGUCGAAGAUCUCUUCUCACGACGUGACACUUUGGGGCGGUCGACGCCGCCCGACGACGAGGCCCCGAGGCGGCGGCGGCUUCGUGUGACCGCACGGAACUCUGGGAGCCGUUGGAGCUGAACCCUGAACUGUGACUGUCUGCAUGUGCGGAACACGAACCGGUGACUCGUUCAAAGGGAGCUCUUCUUCUCGUUGUCCUGCUGCACGCCUCUCUCCCCCCCGUCUCGCCGGAAUCAAACGCAGACACGCUGUGGAGCUGGUGACUCGUGGAGCGGCACGCUUCAUAUAUCGACCCCUCGCUCGCCGCAGCGCUCCGUCUCCUUCCCGCUCGCCCGUUGUGACCAGUGCCAUUUUUUGUGUUUUCUCGUUUAGUUUUUUUCCCCUCGAGCGUCGCAUCUUGUUGGAACACGGACUUCCUCGUGGUUGUUGUUUCUUUUUCUCUCUUGUGGAAGUUUGAAUUAACGAAGGCACCGACCGACCGACUGGAACUCUUUAAUCUGCUCACUGUGGUUUAACUCAUUAACACUCUCUCACCGUGCUACGCUAACGGCUAACGGCUGCGGACAAUCGACGGCUCCACCUGGUGGUGGGGUGUGGACAUGAUGAUUUUUUUUCUUGCCUAACGACACCUUUAACAGACGUGGGAGUGGAGGUUGCGAUUCAAGAGGGCUGAUUGGUUCUCUGUUUUGAUUUUCUUUUCUUUUUUUUUCAAUCUUCCAUGGAGACUGGAAUCAAGCGUACAUGUCCGCUAUAGAUAAUUUAAGUUACUCCUGUGUCAUGAUGUAAAACUUGUCUAAUUUGGAGAAAAAAAAAUGUAGCUUACUGAAAAAUAAAGAUUUAGGCACUGA